UCUGUAUACUGUGUUUGGUAAAUAUGUUACAAACAGAACAGAACAACAAGAUUAAUUACCUAUAUAUCCCUAUCAUAUUUAAUGUUUAGUUGAACAUAAUUUUCUUUUUUAUUAUUGUUUGAUAUAUGUUAUAUAUUAUUAUAUACAAAUAAGCAUAAAAAAUUUAUUAUAUUAUCUUCCAUUUCUAAAAAAAAACAUUAAAAGUUAGAUUGAAUUUGAGAAGGGAAAAAAGAUAACGCAGAUUUUAAAAAAAAAUAAAUAAAGAAGAUAAGGUAGUUUUAAAAAAUAAGAAGAUAUUUUGAUUAUUUAAAAAAAAAAAAAAAGAUAAACACGUUUCUUUCCCAAACAGCGCUGCAACAACGCCUUCAAUGGCAUCUCCCCCUUUCAUGGUGGUUUCCUCUCACAGCCAAGCAACUUCGAUCUGCCACUGCCACCGACAAGCCUUGCCUCCAUCAAGUCGAGCCCCCAUCGUGUGGAGCCGGUCCGCCACUGGAUCUCCGCCACGCCGCGACCAGAGACCAUCACGCUAAAUGUCCAGAUUCGCUGCCAUGGAUGCUCAGAUCGUUGUGAACGGAGCCACAUCGUGAACCAGACGUCCUUCUCCCUUGUCUCUUCGUCUUUAUUUCUCAUCCCUCAUUUGUCUUCUGCGACGUCGAGUGAUUGUGGGGAGGGUUCCAUGAACUUUGAUUGUAACCAUGUUUGAGCAGAUUCACAAGAUUUGAGUAUUAAGAAAAAAAAUGGAAGAGGAAUUGCUGGACGGAUUUGAGAGGAAAAAAAAUUGUCAGAGAAGAGGCAAGGGUAGAGUUAAGGAAAUAUGAUAAUAGAUUAAGGGUAAUUUUGUCUUUGUAAAAUAUUUUAAUAAGUGUUCCGUUCCGUUCCACCCUUUUUCACGGAACCAAAAUGUCCUGUUCCAGGAGCAUUAUGUCAUGUUCUGUUCCAUCUAAAAAACACAACAAACGUAUAACAGAACCCAUAUGUCCCGUUCCGUUCCGUUCAAACGUGUACGCCAAACGCUACCUAAGUAUUGUGAUUAAAAUGAGUGGUAGCAAUAAAAUACACAAGGUUGGUACUCUAGAAAAUAGUGGUGCAUGCAUAUUGUGUUUUAUUGUUUUUGGGACUUAGAAAUUGCUGUCACAGAGCAAAUGACUACACUAUCCAGGAUUUGUUUUUACCUUUCCCACUUCUUAGUAUAACUGGGGUGUGGAACUUGUGUUUUUGCAACAAAGUGAGUGAUUUUAAUAUAUAAGACAAAAUGUUUGUUAUGUGGCCUUAAGUUUGCUCCAAGCUCCUACCUUUCAUGUAUUUGGGGUAACUAGGAAAUCAUAAGUGUCAUAGAUUUAAAACAAAAGACAUUUAAAAUUUCUGUUAUGCUUGUGAAUUUCAUUAUGCAUCCUCAUAGAAUGUUGUGUGCAGAGGAUUCCAAAGACAUUUACAAGGACAUAUGGAGAUGAUUUGUCAAACCCAAUAUUUCUCAAGCUCCCAGAUGGAACUGAAUGGAAAAUAUGUCAUAGUAAGCUUGAUGGAGAUAUUUGGUUUCAAGAUGGGUGGAAAGAUUUUGCUACAUAUUACUCCUUGGAUCAUGGACACGUGAUGGUUUUUGAAUACAAGGAUACUUCUCACUUUGGGGUACACAUAUUUGAUAAGAGUAGCCUUGAGAUAGAAUAUCCUUCUCAUGGGAGUCAAGAUGAACAGCACAAUCCUGAUCAGAUUCAUGAUGAUUUAGUUGAGACAUUAGAUGGGAUCACCCCUUGCAAGAAGACCAAACUGAAAUCCCCAAUUUCAUGUCCUCAACCACGUAAGAAAUUGAUAAGCAAGAAUGCUGAAGGUAAAACUGCUGUUACCAAUCCAAGCAAAGGUGGGGAGACAAGUACAGCUACAAGAACUUCAAAGCUCAGAAAUGCUGCUGCUCAGAUGGAAGCUCAGAAAUUCACCCCAAAGAAUCCCUCUUUCAUAAUCAAUUUAAAUCCAAAUAUGAGCAGAAGUUAUAGACCGAAUAUACCAAUGUCCUUUAUCAGAGAGCACUUGAAGGAGAAGACACAGACCAUAAAGUUGAAGUUUGAAAAGAAAUGGUGGCCUGUGGAGUUGACAUUUUAUCCAGACCAUGGUUCAGGGAAGUUAUCUACAGGUUGGACUCUAUUUGCACGAGAAUGUAAACUAGUAGGAGGAGAUGUUGCUGUCCUUGAGCUCAUCAACAAAGAAGAUCCAGAGCUUGAAGUUCAUAUUUUCAAAGGUUACUGAUAUUUGGAGCCCUGUUUGUAGUAUACUAGUAUGUCUACAUUGUUUGAUGCAUUUUACUAUCUAGAAUAUU